AGCGCAGUUGCCGUGGCAACGCCGGGGGGCCGGCGGGCAUGGGGGCGCCCGGUUGGGGAAGCUGGCUGGGCCGGCCCUGAGCAACAGCCCCCGAGGGCCUUUCUGUCCAAGUGGGGCCGGCUCCUCCCUUGGAGACGUCAGCUGGGCGGCCGGCUCCUCCAGUGGGAAUCCUGCGAUGGCAAGAAGCUGGCUUCCAAGAAUGGUGGACCAGGAGCGAGCGAUGAGCUUGAAAUUCUGGUUCCUCUUCCUGCUGUAUUUCGUGCAAGGAAUCCCCUACGGGCUGCAGUCGGGACUCUUGCCCAUCUACUUCCGGACGGUGGGCCUCUCCUUCACCAAGAUCAGCCUGACCAAGCUGCUUUACCUGCCGUGGUUCCUCAAGGUCUUCUCGGCGCCCUUCGUGGACUGGUAUUUCUCCAAGAAGGCCUGGCUCAUCUUCACCAUGUCCGGCCUGGCCCUCACCUGCCUGGCCUGCUCCUUCCUGACCCCGGAGGUGGACUUCCUCGGAGUGGCCGUCGCCCUGCUGUUCAUGAACCUCUUCGCUUCCCUCCAGGACGUGGCGACCGACGGGAUCGCCAUCCAGAUGCUGGGGCGCGAGGAGCUGGGCUUUGGCAACAGCAUCCAGGUGGUGGCCUACAAACUCGGCUCCGUCCUGGCCGGAGGAGGCCUGCUGACUUUCCUCCAUCACCUGGGCUGGGGACCCCUCUUCGUCUACCUGGCUCUCGUAUACGUUGCAGCCAGCUGGUUCACCUCCACCUUUCCCCUGAGGCCCUCUCCUCGAGGCAGCCAGGCCGAGGAGAGCAACUUAAACCUUCUGGGCUUCUUCCAUGAGCUUCUCCUUGUGCCGGACACGCUGUGGACCGCCGGCUUAGUCCUCAUCUACAAGUUGGGUGA